AUGGCCACUUGGGCGUACCCUCCCUUGCCGCCUGAUCAGCUCACUCGUGAGGUCGACUCGGCCCUGUCUCGCGAACUCGAGUGGCUGCUGCGCGCACUGCAGGACUCCCUGGUCUCUCUGAAGGAAGGCCUUCAAGAAUGCGCCGCUCUCCUGGCGCCCAAGGAACCCGGCUCGACCCUGGUGCUGUCGUCGCUGCGAUCCGAAAAUGUCAAGGGCUUCGUGACACGAGUUGGCACCAAAGUGGUCAAGGGGGAUAUCCAGCUUCGCCUGAGCUCCCUGCCGCAUCCCCGAGGCAGCUCGAGCACCCGCCUCAGCCUGUCCCAGGCGCCCGACGCCCCCGAGCUGGUGCUGCAGCAACUCGUCUCGGUGCGCAAUCUAGUGAACCAGAGCCUCGAUAUUGUCGACGUCAGCGCGUGGACCGGCGACCCGCUCAAUGCCGCGUUUAUCUUCAGUCAACUGCACUUGCUCCUGGAGACCAUCGGUGAAGCGCGGCAGAUGCUCAAGGGGGACGGGGACGAUGUGCGCGGCAAGUGGUGGGAAGCCAACGCCACGGAAUUGCAGAUGUUCGACCCUCCCCUGCCCUCCUAUCUCUCCUUCCAUCUUUCCAUCGCCGACUCUGCGCUGGUCCUAUUGCUCCGCACCCUCGAAUCCACGACGCCGGCACAGGCACCCACCGCGUUUGCGUCGGAUAUCUCGCUGACCGGAUUUUCCCUGCGCGACCGGAUCUUCGGUGCCCGGCACCCGGCCCACGAUGAGGCCGGCGACGUAUUCCUGUGGCACGGCGAGGAAGUCCAUGUCAAGGAGAAGGUGCGGGUGGAAAGCCAGGAUCCCAGUCUCAUGGCCGUGAUGGCCAAACUGACGGCGCUCGAGCACGAAGUGAUGCGGUGGGUGGCGGCGCUGCGGGUGCUCAUGGGCGAUGACGAGACGGAGAGCGAGACAGAGAAUAAUUCUCCCCGAAUAGAUAAUAAAUAA